AGGAUGUGUUAUUAUGUUUCCUCCAAUUACAGCAACAUCCAUUUUAAUAUUUUGUGAACAUCUAGCUGAUGGUAAACAACCAGAUAUUAAAGAAAAAACUUAUCCUAUAACUGUAAUUAUCAUACAUAUCUUCUCCGUAUCUUUCAUGUUGUGAACGUUUCUUUCUUGUUUUCUAAUCAAUUAUYKACGAAUGUUUUAAUUGCAAUUGUUGCAAUCGAUGCAUUACACCAGGUGGUCUUUCGGUAAUACUUUCCUACAUACCUAUUCAGUAUUGAGCCUUUUCUUUAAAAGGCUCAAUACUUGAGCCUUUGCUCAUUUGACCCAUGUGAGCAGUUUCCACAUGACAUCAUCUGAUGGURGGAGAAGCUUCAUCUGCAUACCUAAUUAAAGCGAAUAAGUUGUUUUCGAAUUUUCUAGAUGGUUAUUUCUACAUCCUGCUGUUCUCAUUGCUGCGCUACAUAUGCAAAUGAAGGAACCGAUUAUUUUCUAAAUAACGCGUGAAUCGUUAUUUACGUGAAAAGUUGAAAUUUUGAAGAUUUUUUUAACUUGACAGAUGUUAAACCCGCAGUUUCUUUGGUUUGCCCGGUAAAGUUAGCUUUUGUGGUCCACAGUGUACGCUGAUUUGAUUGUUUGUUCCUGCUCCGACCUCAGUCUACGGUACUGUAAAGUCACAGUACCAUUCCUCGGCAGGUGUUCGAUGUGUUGUUUACUUAAUUCUAGCCUUCCACAGAUUUUCAGUUUUCUUGGAUUUUCAGUAGUUUUUUUUCGAGUACCAUGAGUUUUCUGGACGACGCCGAUGACCCUCUUAAAAAAAUGAUUGACGAAUUUGGACGACACAGGUUAACAGAUGUUUUGGAGGAAGACUACGAGGAAGAUCAAUUGAACCGACCCUGGAACGGAAUUCUGAAUCGAAAAAGACAGUCAUCCAGCAGUCCCGCUUCCUCUAUGGAUCCCCUUUGGGAACUGCACGCUCGUCGACUUAGUGAGGCCGGUCUUAGUCGCCAUUCAGAUUCUAGUGCUAUUCUAACAGAAGACACCGACAGUUUUAUAAUAGGGCAAAGAGUGUGGGUUGGAGGCAACAAGCCCGGACAUAUAGCUUUUAUCGGAGAAACCCAGUUUGCCCCUGGAGAUUGGGCAGGCAUAGCUCUUGACGAGCCGAUUGGAAAAAAUGAUGGCUCUGUCGGCGGAAUUAGAUACUUUAUGUGCGAACCAAAGAAGGGUGUCUUUUCUCGACUUACCAGACUCACCCGAGUACCUCUAACGCAAGAUCAUGGCGGCUCUGGAGACACAUUCACGUUUACGUCGCCAAAUAAUGGACCUGCCAGACGGAGUCCUCACACGCCCUCGCCUACAGAGACCCAUCGAAGCGUUUUAAAAUCCCCAGUGUCCAUAUCUGGCUCAAACACAAGUCUAUCGUCUGCCCAUAUAGAUUAUAAACUGGGAGAUCGGGUGAUAAUUAAGAGUGGCCAGGGCUCGAAGGUGGGCACAGUGCGAUUUAUGGGAGUCACUGAGUUUGCCACCGGCGAGUGGGUUGGUGUGGAACUGGACGAGCCGCGAGGCAAGAACGAUGGCUCGGUCAACGGAAUUAGGUAUUUCGAGUGCCAGCCAGACUUCGGGCUCUUCGCCCCAGUGUCCAAGGUGAGCAAGUCGCCGUCUAAAGUGAAACCGGGGCAGUGCCAAGUGCACCCGUCGGCUGGGCGGCUGCCACCAACUGGAAUGAAACGGGCGAAUUCGAAGGAAUCGAUGUCAUCCAGUGUGUCGCUGAUGAGCUCGGCAUCCACAGCCGCCCGAAGGGUAAGACUGGGCGUUACCUCAUUAACUCCCAAGAAACUAACAUCGAAUCUCAAUGGUACGCCCAUGCCGACCCGAACAGCGCUACAGGGGGUUCUGAAAGAGAAACAACAACACAUCGAACAACUGCUGAAGGAACGAGAUCUGGAACGGGCAGAAAUCACCAGAGCCGCAAGUCAAGCGGAUGAGGCUGAACAGAAGUACACUCUACUGAAUCAAGAGUAUAUUAAAUACCGAGCUGAGUGCGAAUCUCAGCUUCAAGAACAUCUGGUGCUACUCAACGAGCUGAAAGAAAGCAGAAACGAACUACUCACUCAGUUAGAAGACGAGAGAAAAAAGAACGAAGACUGGCAGUUCAAGUUUGAGGAAGCUGAAAUUACCAGAGCUGAUCUGGAAAGAGAAAUAUCUGCAUUGAAAGUUUCAAAUGGAACCAACGUCUCCCGAGUGGAAGAAUUGCAACAAGCGUUGGUUGCAGAAAGAGAGCGAGUGCAAAAUCUGGAAGCGGAUGUCAAUAAACUGUUCGAAACUGAGGAAGCCCUCAUCCGAGCCAACGUACAGGCGGACAACUUGAAGAAGGAAUUAGAAACGUCUAGAAGCCUUAAUGCAGCCAUAGAAGGCAAUUCAGCCACGACUGCAGUGUUAAUAAAAUCCCUUCAAGACGAAUUGCACCAAGGCAAAUGCGAUUAUGACGAACAAUCCGAAAUUAUCGCUGUGCUGAAGCAGGAAAUCUCAGUGAUCCAGAAUCAGCACCAAACAUUUAAACAGCAAAUUGAAUCCAGUAACGCCAAAAUCCUGGACUUGCAAAACCAGCUUGCGCGAAAAUCUAAACAUGUAGAAACACUGGAAUUAGAGAUGGAAGCAGCCAGCAAAGCCAUUGAUGACCGAAACAAAACCAUCGAACAACUGCAAUCAGAUUGUUUGAACCUAGAAAGUAACUUGCAAAAGGAGACGACCCGUUUGAAAAUGGAUCUUAGCUCAAAAAUUACCGACGUUGAGGGGCUGAACGAUAAGCUGAGCAACACUGAAAGGUUGCUGGCUGGUCUCCAGACCGAACUUACGGCUUCACAGGCCCGCUUGGAAGGAAAAAGUCAAAUGGAAGAAGUCAUCCAAAAUAUGCAAGUCGAGCUGAAGCACACGGAAGAAAUCGGAAAGAAGCUGGAUGAAAAAGAGGCAGAGCUUGCUCAGCUGCGGCACGACAGUUCGGAAUCAAUUCAUACACUGAAUAAAACAAUUGAAAAUCUGAAAACUGAAGCUGAGUUGCGCAUCGAAGAACUAAAUAAAGCCCAUGCAGAUAAGAUGAAGGAAAUGAAACAAGCGCUGACUGCGGAAAAAACGACUCUUCAAUGCGACUUGCUUGCACAAAGUCAACUAGUCGAGCAGCUGACUAAAAGAGUGCAGGAAAGCGACACUAGAAUAGAGCAGUUAUUGCAGGAUCUUGAAAGUGCCAACGCCGCUUCUGAUCAAACCCUGAAAGAAAUGCAAGCAAAGCUCCAAUCCCAAUUAGAUUCGCAAUGCCAAAAACUUCAGGAAGUAACCUUGAAAUUGCAAAGCAAUAUCUCUGCAAGCAGUCACACACAAGAAGAGCUCGAUGUGCUGAAGUCUAGUUUAGACGAAAAGAGUCUCCACUACGAAGAGCUAAAGUUAUCCUGUGGAGCUUUGGAAGAACAACUCAAGACGAAGAAUGAAGAUCUAAACAGAGUCUCAGUCGAACUGAACAACAGCAAUGAUGCCAUUCAUUCCUUAAAGAUGGAACUGCAAGCCACACGGCUCGACUUGGAAUCGUCUACCAAAGACCUGAACCAGUACCAAACAAAUUUGAGCGAUGUGGAGCAGAAACUCAAAAAGGAACGCGAUGAAUUGCACGUGGCCCUCAAGGCAAAGAUGACCGAAUGCGAGCAAUUGCGGAAAGACUAUUCAGACUUAAAGGAUAAAAUGGUUGUAGCAAUGGAGCAUACAAUGAGGGUAAAAACCGAUGAAAUCCAGAGUCUGAAACACGAGUUGUCGGAGCGCACGGAAGAGCUGGAAAGGAGCGUCCAGAGCCUCAUUGUAGAGCGGGACUCUCAACUAGCAAAAGAAGACGAGUGCCUCGCUGAAAAGGUACAGGAGCUCGUUGGAAGUUUUCAAGAAAUUGCUGCUUUAAAAUACGACUUGGAAAACUCGAUGGCGGCCCAAAACAGCACCAUAGGCCAGUUGAAAUCGGAUCUUGAAAAAGCACAGACGCAGAUUGAGACAGAUAGGGAAACUAUAAAUGUGCUUAAUGAUGAAGUCGAUACGAGUAAAAUAGAAAUUCAAGCUUUGCAGGCCGCUAAACUCGAAUUGGAAGACAAUGUCAACAAUCUGAGUGAGCGUAAAACUAGGCUCCACAAUGUGGAACAGGAGCUGAAAAAGGAGCGCGAUGCGUUACAGGAAGCCCUCAAAUCCAGCCAACUAGAAUGCGAUCAUUUGCAGAAACAGUUUGCUAGUUCUUCCGUUGAUCAGGAAAAAAAAAGUGUUGAAGUCCAAAUAAAAAUCGAAGAGGCUCAUCAGCUGGAAGCUCAGCUGUUAGGACAAAAGGAUGAAUUUGAGCGAUCCAUAGCCAAGCUCGUUGAAAAUCAGAAAAGGGAACUGGUUAAGAAGGAUGAACUGCUCUUGGUAUUAAAUUGCGAAAAAGAUCAAGAAAUAAUUCGGAUCAGCGAUAAGCUGGCCCAGUUGGAGGCAAACGCAAAAUCUGAAAUGGAAAAAGCUCAACACCAGAGUCAAAUCGAUAACGAAACGGUGAGGAAUCAAAGUCAGGAGAUCGCAAAGCUAAUAUCAGAUAGAGAUCGUUUGGAAGCCAAAAGCAAAGAACUGGAGUCUGGAAGACAGAUGCUAGAAAACAGUCGGAUCACUCUUGAAUCAGAACUGAGGUCUAAAAGCCAAGAACUAGCCGAAGUAACGUGCAGAGUGGAUAAAAAAGAAAGGAAAAUUCGCGAGCUAAGUGACGAGUUAACUAGGGCUACAGAACAUCAAAGAGAACAAAAAAUUACCAAUGUAACAAAGAUGCAGUCUUGUGCAGUUGCUAAUGGAGAGUCUCAAAAUAACGAGGUUAAUCUUAAUGGUUCUCCCGAUUAUACGCAGCUGCUCGAAGAGAAAAUGUUUGCCGAGAGUCAGGUGGCGUUCCUAAAUUCCAUCAUUGUAGACAUGCAGAAGAAAAAUGAGGAGCAAAAGGCAAGAAUCGAAAUCCUUGAAAUGGGGUAUAGUCCGGCGGCUGCUGAAGAGUUGAGACAGAUGGGAUUUAGAUCAACGUAUGAGAAGCAAGUGACGCCCAGAAUGUAUUGCGACAUAUGCGAACAGUUCGAUCAGCAUGAGACCGAAGAUUGUCCAGCUCAGGCUUCCGAUGAGCCCAUCGGUAACUUCCAAUUAGGAAAGGAACGAACGGAAAAGCCACCUCCUCGGGCGUACUGCGACAUCUGCGGAGAAUUUGGCCACGAUACAGCCAAUUGUACCGACGAUCAGGAGUUUUAGAUCAAUUUUUUCCCGCUAUUCGAUACCAGUAGUCUAAUAGGCCACAAUGUUGUUUGAAAUUAAUUUAUUGUUACUUGUAUGUACAAAUACAUUAUUUUCCUAUCAAAA